AUGAAAUUAUUUUGGUUGAUUACUUGUUUGGGUAUAUUAGCACUCACCGCAGUGCAGGCCCAAGGUGAAGAUUAUCCUGACGAUGGUGAAUAUCCAGACGAUGGAGAAUAUCCUGAUGAUGGCGGCGAAUAUCCGGGCGGAGAGGAGCCCGAAGAAUAUAAUGGAGGUUGCGAAGGUGGCCAUCAUGGACCUCCACCACCACCAGGCCCACCACCGCCAAGAGGUCAUCCACCUCCACCUCCUCCACCACCACCUCCACCACCAUCAGGUGGUUCUUCCUCACGAGGCCAUUCCUCACGACCAGCAGGUGGUUCCUCCUCACGAGGACAUCCCCCAGCACCAUCGGGUGCUUCGAAACGAGGACAUGGCAGCCACGCCCGUCAUGCUAAACACCAAGGCUUAUUCGCACUCACCGCAGUACAGGCCCAAGGUGAUGAAUAUCCUGAUGAGGGUGAAUAUCCUGACGAUGGAGAAUAUCCAGAUGAUGGCGGUGAAUAUCCAGAGGGAGAGGAGCCCGAAGAAGGCUGCGGAGGUGGUCAUCAUGGAGGCCCACCUCAUCAUGGACCUCCUCCACCAAGAGGUCCUCCACCGCCAAGAGGUCCUCCCCCACCAAGAGGUCCUCCCCCACCAAGAGGUCAUCCACCACCACCACCACCAUCAGAUGGCUCUUCGUCACGGGGUCAUGGCGCAGCACCAUCGGGUGGUUCGAAACAAGGGCUAGGAGGUGGUGCUCGUAAAGCUCCACACCACGGAUAA